GAAAACCGAAACGGCUACAUACGUAUUUUAUUUAUUUUGUAGUAAACGAUUGAAGGGUAGACAUUUGUGCCUAUGAAUAACUUUUCGCGUUACGGAUUAUGACUAAAAGAAGCUAUAUCUCUUGAAAGUGCCAAUAUGGAUGAGAAAAUUAUAAACUCGUGCCCUAACUGUUGUCAAACAUACAGUUUGAAAAGCUUGGCGCCGGAACCGAAAUCGAACAUACCUCUUUUCAUAAAAUGUGGGCAUUCCAUAUGCGAAUGUUGCGUUCGCAACAUUGUGAAGUCUGGUGAGCCGAUAGAGUGCAAGAUAUGUUUGCGGACGAUGGAGAUCAAGACUACGGAUAUCGCGAAGCUGCUUCAGAACAAGAUACAGUUGUACAGUCUGUUCCCAGUGAAUGUGAAUGUGCUGGGGGAGCUGGCACUCAAGAUGAUUGUGGAAAAGCCUGAAGUAGAAGAGAAGAAGGCGCAGGAAUAUUUUAUAGAUUUGCAAGCUAUACUUGACAGCACUGACCAGACUCAAGGCCAAUGCUUAGAAUGCCAUGGUUCAACAACAAAAAUGUGCCAACAAUGCGCUACUGUCAUAUGUGCCUCCUGCUUCGAAAAGUCACACAAGAACUUUGUGGUGUUCAAGAACCAUGUUCUGCAGAACAUUGAACUAAAAGUAUCAACUAAUAACUGCAAAGUCCAUUGUCAGAAAUCGCUGGAGUAUUACUGUAAAGAUUGCGCCAAGUCGGUUUGCAUGGAUUGUCUGAUGGUGGGGUCUGAGAAGUCUUGCAAAAACCAUGAUGUGGUGUCUAUUCUUGAAAUUAAUGAGAAGUUUUUGUCAGACUUACGUGAAAUACUUCCCCAAGUUGACACCACAUUCCGGAGGCUAACCAAAACCGCAGUUGAUAUUGGUCACCAACUCGUCAAGAUGGAUAACGACAGUGGGUCGCCCGAGCUCCUCCAGGUGUCAGCGAGCAUCGAGCAGCAUUUCUCCAAAUUGCAGGCCAUAGUGCAGAACCACCGACAGGAGGUAAUGGAGAACAUCUCCCGGCUGCGGCGCAUCGAGCGCGAGUCGCUACUCCGCGUCAGAGAUGAGGUGGCCACCGCUAUCAAGCAAUCCAAGCAACUUAUGAACGCAUUGAAGUCGGCUCUGGACUGCGAGAAGAACCAAACGACGAAUCUGUCGACGCUCCUUGAAGAAGCUAAAUGCAUAGUUGACAGACCGUGGUGUUUGACCAAAGCAGAAUCCGACAAGGACAAACUGAAGGUGUGCGUGAGCGAGGAGUUGUGCCUGCUGGUGAGCGACUACGUGCAGCUGGUGGGCAACGCGCAGGCGCGCUACGGGCUGCGCUCCUCCAGCCAGCUGGCCGCCGUGCCGCCGCCGCCACCCCAGCCGGUCUUCCCUCCGACUAGAGGUAUGGUCGAAUGAUAGCUGGGUGUGUGA